AUGACGGGUUGUUUGGAGCCGCAAAACUUGGCCUGCUACCACCCCCCAGUUUACGUACACGAAUCUCUGCUAAAUACUCGUAUCGAUCAGGAGGUUAUGCGUGCUAUAAUAUCUGGUGCAGUCUUGACGCAGGUGUUGCUGUCGGCGCAUCCAGUGUCAGCGUAUUGCUAUUAUGACGCCUAUGGAGCAUAUUAUUGUAGCAGCGGGCUGUCGUACGGUGCCAGAAUCGGCAUUUCCAUUGCCUGCCUUGUUCUCUCGCUAAUGUUGGUCUCAUUGUGCAUUCUCCAACGCAGGCGAAGAGCAAGAGCGCAAAACGCCAUUCUUCUACAAGCUCAACAACAGCAAUAUGGAGGGCCUCCUCCUCCAGGAGGAUAUCCACAACCACCAUAUGGCACUCCAUACGGCGCCCCUCCCAAUGGCUUUUACCCCAACGGACCACAACCUUUCCAGCCUGGAUAUCAAGGAGGAUACUUGAACAAUGGCGUGCAUCCAGAAGCCAAGGGCUUUGCUCCAGGUGCAACUCCAGGUGUUGCGGAGCCCCCACGAUCGUAUAAUCCUGACCAACCUUAUGUGCCUCCGCCUGCAGGACCCCCAGCUGCUGGGCCUGGAACGGAUCCAUCGCAGGCUCAAUUGCCGCAGUAUACGGGCUACAAUGCGCCUGCGGGACCACCACCCGGUCAAGCUCCAGGAGCGAACAACUUUUACAACUACCAACCUCCAGAGCCGACUAAAUCGCGCGACGACUCGGAUCCUCUCACUCUGGCAAUACGGCCAGCCCCCGACGAGACAUCUGCCGAACGGUCCUUACGAGAAGCCCAGGAACGUGAGGCAAAGCGCGUUAGUGACGAGAUUGACGCAGGAAUUGCGGAGCAUAAGAGACAGCUCAGACUCGAUAGCAGCGUCAAAGUCCUCUUACUCGGACAGAGCGAAUCUGGCAAAAGCACAACGCUCAAGCAGUUCCAGCUCAUCUUUGCCUCGAGACAAUUCCAAAAGGAGCGACAGCUAUGGAAGCUUGUCAUUCAGCUCAACCUUGUUCGGUCCAUCCGAAUCAUCCUCGAGCAUCUCAGCAGUCUCACGACGACCAAGCCGAUACCCUUUGAAGAGAAUAAGCCAUCCAGGACAAUGGCAAUGUCUGUGCAUCCCCUCAACGGCUCGCCAAGGAUGAAUGCCUCUUCGUCCAGUGUCGCGGUAUCCUCGCAGUCGAGCGGCAUGUCUUCCGACUCGGACAUUCCAAGUACAGCCGGCAGCGUGUCUCACUCGCGGUCAUCACAUCCUUAUGGAGCAAGUUCUCCCGUAACACCUGUGACACGCUCGCCGACGACGCCGUUCUCGUCCCCUUUACCCCCUGCCGCACUGUCGGAGCCAACAGAAAUGCCCAAGCUUAGCGAUUAUCACCGAACUCUGCGCAUGCGACUACUCCCACUCGUUCACAUUGAAACCUCCCUUCUCCGGAGGCUGGAUCCGUCCGGAGAGGACUACGAAGCCACUCAGCUUGGCACAAACUGGUUCACGUCGGGGAAGGAGCUAUUCGUGCGAAGACGACUGGAUCACGAUGAAGACGAGAUGAGCGACGACGAAAUCGACUUUGACAGUCCAGAGGAUCCGGGUAAUGUCAUCAACGCUUGCAAAGACGACAUGCUCGCGUUGUGGCACGAUCCUGUGGUCAGGCAAGUCUUGAAAAUGGGCAACGUGAGGCUAGAGGAUAUGCCAGGCUUCUUUCUUGACGAUAUCGAGCGGAUCACAUCGCUAAGCUAUGUACCGUCGGAUGAUGAUGUGCUUCGCGCACGAUUGAAGACGAUUGGUGUGAGCGAGUACACAUACGAUGUGAACAUGAUGGGCGAGCGAACCACUUGGACAUUUUACGAUGUCGGCGGCACGCGAACUCAACGCUCAGCGUGGCAGCCCUAUUUUUCCCACGUCGAUGCCCUCAUUUUCCUCGCACCUAUCAGCGCCUUUGACCAAUCUUUGGCCGAGGAUCGUAGGGUGAAUCGACUAGAGGACUCGUUGCUUCUCUUCAAAUCAAUCUGCAAGUCGAAACUGCUCAUCAGCGUCAAUAUCAUCUUGUUCCUCAACAAGGUGGACAUUCUUCAGUCCAAACUCAACAGUGGCGUUCGAGUGAACAAAUAUGUCAAGAGCUAUGGAGAGCGACCAAACGAGUACGAGAUCUUCCGUAACAAGUUUGCGGCAAUCUACCGCGAGUAUACGCCCAAGGAGGCAAAAAAGAUGUUCUACAUCCAUAUGACAAGCGUUACGGAGACAAAGGCGAUGCGGAAUGUUCUAAGUAGCGUAUGCGACUCGAUAUUCCGAGUAAACCUUCAGACCACCAAUCUGACCUAA